AACUACAGUGUUUUCGAAUUUUACACCGAGCGCACACAUAACACGAAUAGCGCAGCGCGGAAAUAAUAACAUCCUAGUUUUUCGGUGAAAUAUUUAGUGUUAGCGUUGAAUUAAGUAAUAUUUACUAUGUAUGAGAAGCAUAAUAAAUCAAAUAUCUGGUGUUUAUAAAAAAAUAUAUUUUUAAAUAAUGGACAACAAAAAAAUAUUUAAGUAUUACUAAUAAAUGUGCGACAUAAAAAAUGAAUAUACUCAGUGGUAUUUACAUAAUUCCUCAACCCCAAGUGUAAAAAAUUAUUGGACGGCGAUUAGUGUACAUAAAAAAUUAUAAAAAUUUCUAAACAUUCGCACCAAAUUCAAAUCAGAUAAAGAAACAUAUAAUUUCCAACUAGCCAGUGCCAUAAAAUCUACUCCAACAGUGAUACACAUACAUGCACACGUACCAUAUAGAUAUGUACAUAGUUGUAUGUAAAGGUAAUUCGUGAAUUCAAAGCAUGAAAUCGAAUUAAUUAGCAUACCAAUUAACUAAAUAAACCGAGUUGCUUUUAAAAUGAGUGAUAAAGUAAGAAAACAAGAUGAACAAAGUCAAACAAACGAGGAACAACGAGAGCCACUGUUAACAAACGACCCGCGUCCACGGUCAUCGAGCACUGAAAGUGAAAGCAGUAUUCCAUAUACGGAUAGACUCAAUGAUACCAAUACCAGCUCCACUAUCAGUAGAGCUUCCAGCACCAAUGGCAAUGCUAGUAGAGAGCAACUGCCCGAGGGCAACACCAAACAUGUGCCUUUGGUUGUACACCGCCUUGAUGUCCAGGUACCGAUUGUCAUAGAGGUGCACGAAAAGGACAACCGACAUGAGACUGACCGCACGGAACCGACGCAGUUUCAAAGCAGCGAGCGUUCGGCGAGUGGCGCAGAAUCGCCUGAAAUUUUAGCCAACGUUGAGCCGGCUGGUAGAAAUUUGCGACGUAACUCAAUAUCAUUACCGAUGGGCAUCGAUGCUGUCGAUCUGGAGGCUUUGCGCCUAAAGUAUCAAAUGCAGGAUCAGGAUGCACUCAGCGAGGAGGAAAAAAGCGACAGCCAUGGCGAAAGUAUAAACGAGGAUAGUUGUGGUUCUACUACCCUAACUGUGCCCGAAAGGAGUAUCUCAUCAAUAAACCAGAAGGAUGAAGAAAGCGACGAUGAAGAAUGUAGUAGCAGUUAUCGAAAAUACCGUGAUCCAUUUCGAAGUCGUCGCCGGGCCUCGAUUGCACCUCUACCCGCACUACGCCUCAAUAGCAAAGAGAUGAUUGCCAGUGACUUCGAUACCCACAGCUUGGCUAGCAACCAGGCAUCGAUAACAAGCAUCAAUUCAUUAGCGAGUUUACUGCGAGAAAAAAUGAAUGCAUUCCCCCAAAUGAUACGGAAAAAGAAACGAGAAACUAAGGACUACAAAAUCAAGAUUUUCGUCACGAUACUAUUUUUUAUCAUCGUCUUCCUGAUUGGAUAUGCUUACAUCACGUAUCAUCGAGAGAUCUUAACGCGGUCGUAUUUUGAAAAAAUCAAAUUCAGUUCACUGGACCGUACUUUCAGUAUUUUAAGUCACGAAGACAAGGAAAUGAUAAAAGGAAAGUUGGGUAUCUCCAUUGGUUCGGACAGCAUCCCAUUUUAUUGCCUGGAAGACCAGCGGAAAAAUGAUGGCAGCGUUUGUCUAGAAUGGAACGGCAUAGCUCGACUGUACAUGAGUUUUCAAAACAUGAAUGUAUUCCGUUGCUAUAAUAUACAGUGGCAAGCACUUGGUUCGGGCAUUUAUCCAACGGAUUGCUAUGAGUUGAAGCGGGAUAACGGGCUUUGGUUUGGCGGUGGUUUUACCAAGGGCAUGGAAUGGUCCCUAAGUUCGGCAAACUUUGAUUAUGCACCAUUUGGUAGUGGUGACGCAAAAGUUCAUCAGUUUGGCAACGGGGUAAAACGCUAUUUCAUCAAUUCAAUCGGUGUGGCAAUGCAGGUCGACGAUCAUACCCCAUUGCACAUUUCUGUCAACCAAACGGAGAAUAGAUUUUGUCUACGAGCACGCAACGAUAAUUUCACAUUCGUCAACCACCUAACAGAGUAUCCAGAGCUGUCGUAUAAAAUUUGCACUACCGAAGACAUGCGCAGCCUUCAUAUGCUUAUGACCCAACAGAGCCUGUGGGAUGGGCUGAAAGAGUCUGAUAUUUACACCUUACAUACGUUAAUAGAGGAGCCAGUCUGGAAAAUACCGUUCCAAAGCGAGGUGGCAUCGAUAAACGAAACAACCAUAUACAACUACUCGGAAGAUGUAAUCGCAAUGGGUUUCAUGAGAUUAGGACAUAUUUUAGUAAAUGAAUUUUGGCAGAAAAACAUCGGUGAUUUCAUUGUUGAUCAAGAGCGCUUUCCCACUCUAAAAGACACCAUUGAAGUACUGCACCGGCGAGGCUUCAAAGUUGUUUUCACAAUACAACCAUUCAUCAGCACGGAUAGCCCAAACUUCAAAGAUGCCGUCAAAAACAAAUUACUCAUCUACGAACGACAUUCGGAGCGCAGCAUUCCGGCCCUUACACGCUACAAAAGCUCAUCAAGUGCCGGCGUAUUGGACAUUACGAACAAUGCUUCUAUACCAUGGUUAAGGGAGCGGCUGGAAAAGUUGAAGGAGGACUAUCAAGUGGACAGUUUUUAUCUAGACCUGGGCACGGGCUACAAUUUACCGCAUUACUAUCAAUGCCGAAUGACUCUUAAUAACCCCGAUAUGUAUUCAAAAAUCUUCACUAGCAGCAUGGAAAGUGUUGGUUUUAUUGGUGUCUCCAGCGCAAGUGUUGUGCCAAAACCACCCGCUUUCCUAAGUACUCCUCCGAUAAAUUCUUCCUGGGAGGGAUUACGCGAAUUGCUGACGAUUGUUUUAAACUAUGGUGUCAAUGGGUAUCCCUUCGUGCUACCAGGCGCUAUUGGAGGCGACUAUUACGUUAACCGGACACUGAAAAAGAUGGUAUCUUUUUACUCGUUAGGUCAGCCGGAACUUGCCGAACAGAACCUUUUCUUACGCUGGAUGCAAUUGAUGACCUUUAUGCCGUCUAUGCAAUUUAGUCAUCUACCGUCUGAAUAUAAAAGUGAUUACAUAACCGACCACGCUAAAGAGUUAAUGGCUAUACGACAGAAAAUUGUAAUACCUAUAUUAAAAAAAUAUUUAAGCGAGUCAAUGAACGAAGGUCUGCCAUUAGUACGACCCCUUUGGAUGUUAGAUCCUCAUGAUCCGGCUUGUUUAGUUGUUAACGAUGAAUUUUCAGUGGGCGAAGAAUUGAUAGUAGCACCGAUUUUGGAAAAUAAUUCGGAGGAACGGGAAGUUUACUUACCACAAGGCGUAUGGAAAGAUGGCAUAGAUGGCUCUCUACGGAAAGGUAGCCGCUGGAUGCACAAUUACAAAGUGACCAAAGACAAAAUUGCGCAUUUUAUCAAAAUGCCGGACAACACACGAUUUUAGUGGUGGGCACAUCAAUGCGAACGCUUCCCAAAGCAUUGCUCCCGCAUGUGAUGUGGAGUUUUAUUAACAAUUAGAUAAUUAACAAUACAAUUACUAUACAUACUUACAUACAAACAUACUUACAUUACAAAAUUACCACACAAACGUAAAUAAUUAUUAUAACUGAAACACAUACCGUUAGCUUAGUGUGAAGUGAUGUUAAGUUCAUUUCUUCCCAAAUUUGUCAUUGCUAAAAACUAGAAAAUCAGUAGUUUUUCCUAACUUCUUGAACUGAAAUAAAGCCUAUUAACCUCUGAGUUAUGCAGAUA